UCCCGAGAGCAUCAACGCCGGCACAUGCAAUCGCUAUCAUGGCAGCGAGCACUCAGACGACGACUGCGCUGCUGACAGAGCACUUCCGCUACACUCCACUGACCCUUCUGGACGAUAUCAUCAAUACCGUGAACGAACUCGUCUUCCGCGCGGUGAAUGCGAUCGAAGAAGGAUUUGGAGGGACAACAGCAGAACAGCUCGGCUUCACAUUGGACGAUAGUGUCGCCAAAGCUUUGCCCAGUGAAGCUGCUAGACGAGAUGCGCUUGCAGAGUUGAAGCAAAAUGAGAUUGACAAUGGCAUCGUGAAGCUGGAGAGUUUGCUGAACGCGACGGUGGACAAGGACUUUGACAAAUUCGAGAUCUACACGCUGCGAAACAUUCUCGCUGUCGGACACGAUGAGGAGGAUUUGGCGAACUGGGUACGACUGGACCACUAUCAAGGCGUAGACAUCGCCGGCGCGGAGAACGUCCCGUCGCCUGAGGAAGUCCAGCUUCAGCGGCGCAAGCUCAACGAGACCGCGAAACUGAACACGAUGCUCAAGGCAGAGGAAGCGAAGAAUGCCGCGAUUCUGUCACAACUGACAACGCUGAUCGGAGCCGAAGCGAAGUCGCAAGAAGGCGACGAGAGCGAAUCACCCUUCGCAUUCCUCAACUCUUCCGCCCAAACUGCCAACGCACAGCAACUCACCCAGGAUACGCAAUACGCUGUGAACCAGAUUCCAGCAUUACGCCGACUUUUGGACCAAUUGAAAGAUGCGAUGCGGACGAUACCUAAUACACGGCAAAUGCGACUUGACGAUGAAGACUCCAUUGAGGGCAGGAGAAGGAGAUAUCUACACAAUCAAAGCAGGAGGGCUCUGGAGAGGAAGGGCAUCGAUGUGGAGGCUUCUGCUGGUGCCUCGAUCGCUACUGGGAGGAAAGUGGGCCGCGAUGAGCUGGAGGGUAUCGAGGCUGUUGCGCAGGCGCUUGCAGGGGCUGAGAAUGGAAGGUCUGGUGGUGCGUGA